AUGGGCAAAUUCAGACCUAGUAACAUCCUUGGCGACCCGUUCGCGCUCGCGACCGUCUCAAUCUCCGUUUUGGCAUGGCUCAUCGCCUUCAUCUCAUCGAUCAUUGCCGAUGUACAAAAAGCACAGUACCCCAACUACUCUUGGUGGGCCAACUGCUACAUGUUCUGUGUUAUCAUCGGUCUGAUCACGACCUUUGGUACUGACACAGGCCAUGUCUAUGGCGUCGCAAUUGUCGGCUACCUCGGCUGUGGCUUGGUCCUGACCUCCCUAAGCGCCAACAACCUGAUCUACGAAAAUCAAGGCUCAAUGCAAGCAGCGGGUGCAGGCUUCAUCCUCCUCUCAAUGAUCAUUAUUAUUUGGAUCUUCUACUUCGGCUCAACACCCCAAGCAACCCACCGCGGCUUCAUCGACUCCUUCGCCCUGAACAAAGAACACCCUGCCGAGCCAUCCUCCUACCGCGGCAGCCGCCCAAUGUCUAGCGCAUUUGGCGCCCGACCAGAAACCAUGGCCACAAGCACCACUCCCCAGAUGUACACCUCCGCCCAACUAGGUGGUUUCGAGACCUCCUCCCCCGUCUCCGGAUAUCCAGGCGGAGCACCCGGCGCCGAACGAUCCUCUUCCGCCCCUCGCUUUGGAACCCCAACCGCCAAUACCCCUGGUAACGGCAACGACCAAGAAGCUGGCGAAGUACCCCAGCCAACCGAUUACCCGUACCGGGCGAAGGCAAUCUACUCAUACGACGCCAACCCGGAAGACGCGAACGAGAUCAGUUUCGCUAAGCAUGAGAUCCUCGAGGUGUCUGAUGUCAGUGGACGAUGGUGGCAGGCUCGAAAGCAGAAUGGAGAAACUGGCAUUGCGCCCUCGAACUAUCUGAUCCUUCUGUGA